AUGGAUUGGUUUCAUUGCAACCAGUGUUUCCGAAAAGAUGGGGCCCACUUCUUUGUUACCAGCUGUGGCCAUAUUUUCUGUAAAAAGUGUUUGACUCUGGAAAAAUGUGCUGUUUGUGGAAGUCCGUGCAAGCAUCUGGCUCUUUCUGAUAAUCUAAAGCCUCAAGAGAAGAAGUUUUUCAAAAGCCCUGUAGAGACAGCUUUGCAGUAUUUUAGUCACAUCUCUCAGGUGUGGUGCUUCCAGAAGAAACAAACAGAUCUCCUUAUUGCCUUUUAUAAGGACAGAAUUACAAAAUUAGAAGCAGCUAUGAAAGAGGCCCAGCAAAUGGCUGCCAGCCAGAACAAAGAGAUGUCAGUCUUGAGAAAGGAGAAUGAAGAACUGAAGAAAUGUAUAGCCGUCCUAAAGGGAUCACCAGGCUGCUACUAUGGAAGCAGGCUAAGCACACCUCGACCAGUGGGCAUUACUUCCCCAUCACAACCAGUUGUUCCACGACCUAGUUCCCAGCAUAGCAGCCAAGUGGUCAGCCGCUCUUCUUCUAUGGAGUCCCUCCCUUACACAGUGGCUGGCAUUGGCAAUGUGGACCAGGGAAGCAGAGGCCUGCAGGAAAGGAGCACUCCCAGAGACUCUUACACUGAAACCCCAUCACCAGCUUCAACUCAUAGCCUCUCUUACAGACCCUCCUCUGCCUCCUCUGGACAGGGGGUUUCUUUUGGGCCAUUCCUCAGUGGGAACUCAAGCCACACCAGAGUCCUCACUCCCAAUAAUUCUGGUCAGCCCGAUAGCAGAACCACACCAGAGUGUCUUCCUGGUUUCCAGCUUCCAGUCCUACAGACCUUCUGUCAACAGAGGCAGGUGGGAUUAGCCAGGAGAGACGGAUGGAACGUUUCCAGAUAG